AUGCCCCGUUCGUUCAGCAAAAACGAAGACGAAGAGAUGCUCGAGUUUGUGGCCGAAAAAGUGAAACACUACGAUGUUCGGCUGCCGCUCGAGCCGAUGUGGCUGCAGUACAAGAAGCUCGUCGUCUCGUCGCGCACCGUCGAAAGCUUGACGAACCGGUGGACGAGAGACUUCAAAAGUACUGAAACCAGUCUGAAAUUUCCAGAUUCCGGCACAAACUGGCUCCCCGAAUUCACGCGGUCGACGAGUACGACGUGGAGACGCGAGUUCGAAUGCUCUUUUGCACGACGACGCCGGUCGACGAGCACUUUUUGGAGUUUUUGAAAGAAGUGGCACGCAUCGUCGAGGUGGACGAGAACGGGUGCAUCACGAAGUACAUGCACGACGGACUGGAUCUCCGCGCGCAGUCGGAUCAGCAGAUUUCUGGGCUAGAGACUGAGAAAAGACGGUCGAGGUGGGCGUCUACGUCUCUCAAUCGCAACAUUUCGUUUCAGCGGUGCCCCGUCUCCGUAUACGGAGGAAGAAGACGCUAAUCUUCUGAAGCUGAUCGUCGAGAUGGCGUCGGACGGCCAGAAAAUCGUGCAUAGUCGUCUGUGUGCCGAGUACCGAAAACGAUUUGGAAUUGCGAGAAGCGAGGCCAGCGUGCGGAAUAGGUACACAAUUCGGUGGAGCACAUUUGCUGACCUAUAAAACUCUGCAGAUACCAUCGUCAUUUGUGUCCCAACCUCUACCAGCGGGACGAUAUCGAUACUGAGACGAAACUGCGAGUGAUGUUCGCAUUGAGCCGGCCGGUCGACGCCGUAUCGCUGAGCAUUCUGCGCGAGCACGCGACGGUGACGGUCGACCGGAAUGGGGUGGUUCAGAGUUUCGAAGUGGACGGAAGCAGGGUGACGCAACGGGGUAUGUUGAAAAUUAACAUUGAGCUGGCACAAUGCCAGCAGACGCGUUUGCAGCCAAGUUCAAUUCUGCGAGUGAAACGAAAAAGGGGAAGAGAAGAGGCUCUUUAAACGGCGUCAGAUUUUCCGCAGAAGAGGACACGGAUCUUCUGGAGUAUUUGGUUGAAAAGGUGCGGGAACCGCGGGAGCCGAUUUAUGUGAAGGCGUUGUGGGAAGAGUACGUGGCAAGCGGACGGACGAACCGAUCCAGGGAAUCUGUUACCAAACGGUUCGGAAAAUUUGCACAAUAACCUCAAAUUCAUCUCGUUUCGGUUUCCAGAUUCUGCGUGUUUCUGAGAGCGAGAAUAGUGACGACGGAAGCGUUCGAUUUGGACACCAAAAUGGCCAUUUUGAGUGUCACCGAUUCGUUGACCGACAAGAAGUUUCUGAAAUAUUUGCAAGAGUACGUGGAAUUGGAAAUGGACGAGGACGGGCGGGUUGUUCGGUAUUCGGAGAAGGAGCGAUUGGAGGAAAAUGAGGAUGAAGAGGAAGAACCGAAAAGAAAGAUACAGAAACUUGAAGACAAAUCCGACCCGAUUCUGAAUUUCAAUCCGGAUGACACAUCUCUGGAACUCACCUGUUGA